AUGUCCAUCUCUAAGUUCAAUUUCAUCGGUUCACUGGCCACCUUCGACAUGUUGCGCACUUUAUUCUCUGAGCCAGGUUAUGCCAAGCUCGAGUCCGACAUCAUUGUUGAACUUCUCAAUGUGGCUCAACCUCAUCUCCUUGAGUACAUCUGUGUCACCAUUGAUGGUGUACCAGAGACCGAGUGCGAUGUCCGACUUUGCAGAACUCUGUUCAACGCCCAACUCAGGGUUGACACAGACUCUGUUGAUCCUGACUGGGAAGUCUGGAUGCUCAAAGGGCCACAUAAUGGUGGUGACUACCCUGAAGAUGAAUGUUUUACUGAGGUGUUCCUCGCGACCCUCUCUGUCCCAGAUGACCCUCCCACUGAGGUGGUGAUGGCUGAGGCUGCCCUGCUGAGGUCACCAAAGAAGACAGUCUUCUGUCUAUUGAGGAUCCCAUGGAGAUUGCCGCUGCUGCCCCUCCUGUGGAAGCCACUGUCGAAGAUGUCAUGCUGGCAGCCAUGGUCAUCAAAGAGGACCAUUUACCUCCUCCUACUUAUUCCUGAACUAAGCAUGCAAUGCACAAUUGGCAAGAACUCAAAGGAGGCAAAAUGUGUUUUUCUAGGUUGGGGUUCGCCCUGUCUGCCUUGCAAAAAGUUGCAUUUCCCUGACUGUGAGUACAACCUCAACCCUAUUCCUCGGGGUCAGGUGCACAACCAGUUGGGUUGUUGCGCUACCCAUCUGUCACCCAAUAACACCCAAAUGCAUCAGGCUGCUAAUGCAGUCUUUGAUCUCAUGGUGCUGGAUGGGAAGGAGGGGUUAAUUGGCAUGGUCUUCCACAAUGCAGAAGAACAUGACCAUUACCUUCCUUACUUGCUCUCUCUCAUUGGCAAGCUUUUGGAGGACGACACUCCCCUGGAUGAGGAAGAUACAUUGGCCACCCUUGCCACCUACAUUGGCCACCCUUGCCACCUACAUGCGACACGCUUUCCCUCAUCUUCCACGAUGCAAACUUCCUACCCAGACAAUUCAGAUGAAUGA